CCAAUAGAAACCAACAUGGAUCAAGAAGCUCUUCUCGUUGGAAAAGCUACGGACCAGCACCCGGAAAAACGCACUGUUUCGACCAUUUCGUGUAUUCUUGCAAGUCAGGCUUUGGAGAAACUUGCGUAUUACGGAUUAGUACCGAACAUGAUACUUUACUUGACGGUGGAGUACGGCAUGGGAACGACGGAAGCGGCCAACAUCCUCUUCCUCUGGUCUGCCGCCACCAACUUCUUCCCUCUUAUCGGAGCUUUCAUCGCUGAUUCAUACACGGGUCGUUUUCCUCUUAUCGGAUUUGGAUCCUCCACUAGCCUUCUGGGAAUGCUUUCAUUAUGGUUGGCAGCAAUGAUCCAACCAAAAUGCGACAAAUCAAUAGACGUAUGCCAACCAACUACACCAUUCCAACUUCUUCUCCUAUAUUCAUUUUUUACCCUCACAUCUAUCGGUGCCGGCGGCGUUAGGUCCUCCUGCUUAGCCUUCGCCGCCGAUCAGCUCCAACUCAACAGCACAACACGUAUCUCCACGACAGCACUAGAAACCCUGUUUAACUGGUAUUACUUUUCGGUCAUGCUCGCUUACUUUCACUCCGAAUCGUUGCUCGUCUUCGUUCAGACAAAGUAUGGCUGGCAAAUCGGUUUUGGAGUCUCUCUCGCUGUCAUGGCUCUAUCUGUCGCUAUGUUCUUUGUGGCUUCUCCGUUUUAUGUCAAGUUUAAGUGUGGGCCUAGCCUCGUUUCUGGACUUUUCCAGGUUCUUGUUGCUGCUUUUAGGAACCAACAUGUUGAUUUAGCAUCGGAGGAGCAUGUUAUAUCGUACCAUCACGAAACAGGACCUUCAUUUUCAAUUCCAAGCCAGAAAUUGAGGUAUUUGAACAAAGCUUGCGCCACCAGUAACCCAAGGCAAGACCUAACCCUAACAGGAAACUCACAGAACCCAUGGAAGCUGUGUACUGUACAACAAGUAGAAGACUUUAAAUCUCUAGUCAACGUUCUACCAAUCUGGUCAACGGGAAUCAUCUUGUCACUUGUUACAGCUUGUCAAGCCUCCUUCAUAGUUCUUCAAGCCAAGGCCAUGGAUCGUCGCACUUUCAUCAAGGGUUUCGAGAUUCCUCCGGGAUGUUAUGGCGUUUUCAUGAUCAUCUCCUUCGUGGUCUUCCUUGUUAUUUACGAUAUUGUUGUCGUCCCGUUGGUCUCUUGGGCUCUAAGAAAGCCUAGACUGGGAGUUAUGGUGAGAAUGGGAGCUGGGAUUGCAAUAUCGGUGCUAUGCAUCUCGACUCUAGCGAUAGUGGAGUAUGUUAGAAGAAAAAGAGCUAGAGAGGAGGGAGGUACGAUGUUGUCUGCGAUGUGGCUAUUACCAUACAUGCUACUAGGAGGCAUUUCGGAAGCACUUAUAUCGAUAGCACAGAACGAGUUCUUCUACUCCGAGCUUCCCAAGUCCAUGUCAAGCGUCGCCACCACACUCUCCGGCCUCAACAUGGCCGCCGCAAGCCUCGUCUCCUCCUGGAUCGUCACCGCAGUAGAUACAGCCACCUGCCGGAGCUGGAUCACAGAGGAUAUAAACGAGGGACACUUGGACUAUUACUAUUGGCUCAUGACAGCAUUUUCUCUUCUCAAUGUUGUGUAUUUUGUUUGGUGUAGCAAAGCUUAUGGUAAAUGUAAAAGUGAUACAGAUAAUUCAAUAAAUUAGUUAUGUAAGUA